AUGGCCUUCCUUGUCACUAUCCUGGUCUUCGGCGCCAGCGCCGCGGCUCGUGGCCUAAUCACCGAAGCUCCAUCGGCCAUAACAACCGCGCCAGAAGCACCAUGUCCCCUGACGACCGAGAUCCCAGCUUGUGCCAUCCCCUGCAUGAUUUCUGCUGGCAGCGAGGCUGGCUGCGGCAUUCUUGACCUCAACUGCCAAUGCGGUGCCGCGCCGCAGAUACACUCACUCGCGGCGCCUUGCGUCAUCAGCAAGUGCAGCCCGGACCGUGCCUCUCAGGUAGAGUCGGUGGGCUCGGCCAUUUGCAGCCAAUGUGUCUAG